GUUCCAUUGCGCGGCUCGUCCUUCGAUGUAUUUUGGAUUAUUUCACAAAUUUAGGUAACUGCGGGAGGUUCUCGCUGCUGUUGUCAGAAACACAAAACGUCGAGUGAAAAUAUCGCGUAGAAGUGCAGAUAGUUGUCGUGCCAGCGCUGCGAAAAAACCUUGUCCAAAAUCAUGGCCGCGCUUGUUUCGGAUCUCAAGUUUCUUCUGGCCUGCCGCGGAACGUUCGGACAGAUUAGAAACAUCCACCUCGCUGCCGCCAACAAUGCCGCGGCAAAGAAAGUUAAAAAGUUCCAAAUCUACCGCUGGAACCCGGACCAGCCCGAGCAGAAACCGUACAAUCAGACGUACGAAGUUGAUUUGAGCGCCUGCGGGCCGAUGGUGUUGGACGCCCUGAUUAAGAUUAAGAACGAGAUGGACCCGACGCUGACAUUCCGCCGUUCGUGCCGCGAGGGUAUCUGCGGCUCUUGUGCCAUGAACAUUGGCGGUACCAACACGCUCGCCUGCAUCAGCAAGAUCGAUGCGGACAACCUGGACAAACCGACGAAGAUCUACCCUCUACCUCACAUGUACGUGGUAAAGGAUUUGGUGCCUGACAUGAACAACUUUUACAAUCAGUACCGUUCGAUUCAGCCUUGGCUGCAGCGCAAGAACGAGAGCACCGAAAAGAAGGGCGACGCUCAGUACCUCCAGUCGGUGGACGAUCGCGCCAAACUGGACGGUCUGUACGAGUGUAUCCUGUGCGCGUGCUGCUCGACGUCCUGUCCCUCGUACUGGUGGAACGGCGAUAAGUACCUAGGACCGGCCGUGCUGAUGCAGGCCUACCGCUGGAUCAUUGAUUCGCGCGAUGAAAGCACCGCCGCCCGGCUGGACAAGCUGAAGGAUCCGUUCAGUGUGUACCGAUGCCAUACGAUCAUGAACUGCACGCGAACGUGUCCGAAGGGCCUGAACCCUGGUAAGGCGAUCGCUGAGAUCAAGAAGCUACUGUCGGGUAUUGCUAAGAAGGACGCACCAGGUUUAGAGACGGCCGCUCUGCACAAUAAGUAAGGCUAUGCAAUGCGGCAUGACGUUGAUAGAGUUACAUUGCUGACUUUAUUUUGCAACACAAAAGGAUUUGGACGUGCGUAGGCCUUGUAAGGGCUCGCGCAAACAAAAAAAAGUAUUUCGAUACCAAAAAGAGGGGCAAAUCAUCUUAACCUUGAACACAUGCAAGAUCAACAACAUUGUAAAUUAAUUACUUAAUUCGAUCCCUCGAAAACGAUAGGGUGCUGCACAUUAUAUCAGAUCCUAAUUUGUCGAAGCAAAGACCAAAAAUCGAAGUUAAUUAUGCUUGUGGCUAGUUAGACCGGUCAUCCGUUGUGCUCAUUAUUCCGUUUCAGUUAGUGUGCAGUUGAUUCGGUUUUGAGUACGCGAUUAAUUAAUUCGAAAUUGAAAUGCACUCCUUCAUCACAAAAAAGAAUCCCUGUCCUAUGCCUUACACAAAAACGGCGUCAAGUGAGACACCAGAAGAAUUAACCAACAUCUGCAUUAUUUAUUUUCGCCUCCGUAGCAAAUGGAUUUGUAGCAAUGAAGGAGUAAUAAAUAGACAAAAUACUUAAACCGGUCGCUUUCAUCGGCAUAUUUCGGUUAAUAUCUGUAA